ACAGGUGUGACUGUGCUGGAAGACAACAGUCCUUUCUAUAAUUACCUAUACCUGGUCUGUGUCGUCACUGGAUGGUCAGGGUCAUCAGCCACUUCCUCAAACGUGUAUAUUUACCUAAAUGGCUCUUGGAAUAUCAGUGAAAGUCAUGUCCUGCGGGAUCCAUUACGUCGACUGUUUGAGGCUGGUGCAGAGAACUGGUUUAUGUUGACAACACGUCACGACAUUGGAGAUCUCAUCUCUGUUGUUGUCUGGACUGAUUUCUCUGGACCUCACCCGUCCUGGUACUUGAGCUCCAUUUAUGUACAGAAUAUGCAAACAAAUGAAAUCUGGUUGUGUCCAUAUUAUGGAUGGAUCGGGUUGCGCCAUGGUAGAGGACAGCUUCGGGCGGAAGUUCCUGCAUAUAAGGAAAAGUACUACGCUUCAAAAUGGAAAUUCCGGAUCCAAAGCAAAGGUCACAACGACAUUCGCAAUGAACAUUUGUGGUUCGGUAUUGUUGCUAAGACACCUUACAACAGGUUUACUAGGGUCCGUCGUUUGACUACUGUCCUAUCGCUUCUACAGACGUGUAUGAUUCUCAACCAUAUGUACUUUGGUGUUCGAGACAAAGACGAUCCUGGCCAGUUUACUAUCAUUAUGGGUCAAAAGAUACAUGUGACAAGUAUCGUCAUUGGUCUCCAGGGAGCUCUCAUCAUGUUCUUCAUGGGGGUUGGUAUUUCUACGCUGUUCAAAAG